ACCAAUCAUACUCAUCGUUUCCGUCUCGCAUCUUCCGACUCUGCUCCUCUCCCGAGCUCACUCUCCACCUCCUCCCCCUGGAUCCCCUCCGCCCCGUUGCAGCAUUGCCGGCGCCGGUGGCAGCCUGAGUUCCCCACCUCGACGUCCCUCUACGUUUCGGGGAGCUAAGCAGCACGAGGAGUCACGGCGGCGGAUCCCCUCUUCGGAUCUCCAAGCCCAGCCCCAGUGUUGUCGUGGGCUGAUUGCCCUCUCCUCUCCUUCCUCCGGAUGGCAUAUCAGGUCAAGUCCAUGUAUCCAGCAUACUAAUCGAAGCUAACUGUUAUACUCAGUCUUUGCUACUUUACUUUCAUAUAAGAUGGACCUUCGAGAAAGUACGGUGACAGAAAUGAUCCAAAGGGAUGAAAGAUCAAAAUGGUUAUCAUAUAGCAACCAUAACAUAAAAUGCUUCACAGAGGCCGAGAUAGGAAGAAUUACCAGCAACUAUGAAACUAUCAUUGGAAAAGGUGGCUUCGGAGAAGUUUACAAAGGUGUUCUCCAAGAUGGAAGAAUAGUUGCAGUCAAGAAAUUUGUGUGUAAUUUAGAAGAAAAUUUUGCCAAAGAGCUUAAAGUCCACUGUGAAAUCAACCACAAGAAUGUAGUUAGGCUCAUUGGCUACUGUGCCGAGGAAAAUGCCCUAAUGAUAGUCAGUGAGUAUAUAUCUAAAGGGAAUCUUAGCGAUGUUCUUCACCAUGAAUGCAUUCCCAUCACAAUGGAUACACGACUGCGAAUUGCGGUGGAGUGUUCAGAGGCAUUGUGUUAUAUGCAUUCACAAAUGUAUACUCAGGUCAUUCAUGGUGAUAUCAAGCCUGCCAAUAUACUAUUAGAUGACAACUUCAAUGCAAAAAUAUCUGACUUUGGAAUAUCAAGACUUGUCAACACAGACUCAGCCCUUUUCACUGAGCAUGUAAUGGGGAGCAUAGGUUACAUGGACCCUUUGUUUGCUCGCACCGGGCGUCUCACCACAAAGAGUGAUGUUUACAGUUUCGGAAUUGUUCUGGUUGAAUUGAUCACAAAGAAAAAGGCAACAGUAAGAAAAGGGGAGACCGGCAUAGUUGAUUGUUUCAUCCAAGCUCUUGCAACAGGGAAGAGAAGGGUGAGAGAGCUGUUCGAUGUUGAAAUCUCAAGCCAGAACAACAUGAAGGUUCUCGAAGGGGUUGCAAAGUUAGCAGGACAAUGUUUGAAGAUGGAAAUGGAUGGACGCCCUGAAAUGAGAGAUGUGGCAGAACGUCUUCGGGCGCUUCGGAAAACUCAAGUUCAAGGGAAACAAACUAUUUUUCCUUGGGGUUGGAGGAACAAGCCAGCAGCUCAGAACAGCUGGCAAUCUUCUAGCUCAGUCAUGCCACAAUCUUUGCCAUCCUACUUGUGCCGCCAUUUCUCACUUACAGAAAUGAAAUCAGCCACAAAAAACUUUGAUGAGUCACACCUUAUUGGUGUGGGUGGAUCUUGUAAUGUUUACUAUGGAAUGAUUGAUGGGGGAGCAACCAAGGUGGCUAUCAAACGCGGUAGAGUUCAGCAGUGUGUGAGUAGAUUGAAAGAAAAGAUAGUGGCGGUGGCAAAGCUCCGCCACCAUCAUCUCGUAUCACUGGUCGGUUACUGCAACGAGGAAAACGAGAUGAUACUGAUCUACGAAUACAUGGCUCGUGGCACCCUGCGUGAGAACCUUUACGCUAACAAAACAGAGGAGCCACCGCUUACUUGGAGGCAGCGUCUAGACGUCUGCAUUGGUGUUGCUCGUGCCCUGCAUUACCUUCACGAGUGUUCCAUCAUCCAUAAUGAUUUGUCGACGACAAACAUUCUCCUAGAUGAGAGAUUGGUUGGCAAGGUUCCAAUUAAAGUCUAUCUGCCACAGGAUAGCACGGGCUUUACCACGCAGCCUGUGGGAAGUAUCGGUUAUAUCGAUCCUGAAUUUUACCGCACUGGGCAACUAACAGAGAAAUCCAAUGUAUAUUCUUUUGGUAUUGUGCUGUUUGAGGUUUUGUGUGCUCGGGCUGCUUAUGAUGGUAGUCUUCCAUGGAGACAAGCUGAUCUGGUAUAUUGCGCCCUUAGUUGCCAGAAGAAGGGCAUCCUUGAUCUGAUUGUCGAUCCCCUUCUUGAAGGAAAGAUUGCUCCGCGGUCCUUGAAGAAGUUUGUGGAGAUUGCUGAGAAAUGUGUAAGUGAUCGUGGUAUCGAUCGCCCUACAAUGCAAGAAGUGUCUGAGAACCUGGAGUUGUGUCUGGCAGAACAAAGCGGAAGCCUUGGCGAUGAGAUGCUGGCUGAAGAUGACACUAAUGGUCCUUCAAGGACAGAACGUUGGCUGCACCUGGAGAUGUACCUUGCAAAACACGAUGCUUUGGAAUGGUCUAGGGAUGCUGGUGGUGUGGAUUCCGAUUCCGAAUUGGCAAUGCCACGAUGAGCAGGCAGGAAGUGCCGAAGUGGUCACCAAUUUCCCUACUAUCAAUGCUCUCUACUCCACUGACGGAUGCCAGAGAAUUACUCCAUACAUGUAUACUGCAAUUUCUGUUCCUUUCUUUUCUGAAGCGAGUAUUUUAUUUUUGCAUUAUGUCUUUCUUCAUGCUUUUCGUUAUCAGGGUGUUGUGAUGGAUUUGUCAGGCCGUUCGCCUGCACUAUUAUUAUGUCCUGUUAGGCUUGCGCUGGCUACAGUUUUCAGUUGGGUCAUCAUCAUUAUGCAUGAAA